AAAAAAAAAAAAAAAAAAAAAAAGAAUUGCUCAAUUGAAUAUAGUUAACUCUUUAUUUUAUUUUUUUAUUUCUAUAGGCAGCAUUCAUAACAUCAAUUGAAAAGGGAAAUGUUGACUUUAAAAUUGAAGGCCAAAAGUUAUAUGAACAAGCAAAAAAACAACUCGAAAUUAUCGAAGAAAAUUACAUUAAUAAUACUCAAAAAUUAGAAAAAGAUUCGAAAAUAAGUUUUACAGAUCGUUUGUUUCAAAAGUUAAUCAAUUACUGGAAAUCAAGUUCGAUAUCCUCCUCUAUAAUACCCUCAAAUGACAAAAAAGAAUUAGACAUUUCAAGAAAAAAUGAUUUUCAUAAUGUCAUUUUAAUGCUGGAAAAAUCAGCCAGAGAAUAUGGAAAUAAUGACGCAUUAUUAUUAUUAGCUGAGAUAAAUUUUUUCUCAAAAUAUUCAUUUCCAAGAAAUUAUAAAAAAGCCUUUGAUUAUUACAAUGAAUUAGCCUCGAAAGGGAAUGCAACUGCACAGCAGAUGAUAGGCUUUAUUUAUUCUACAGGCAUUGGCAAUGUGGUAGAGCGAGAUCAAGCUAAAGCAUUAUUAUAUCAUACAUUUGCUGCUCAUGGUGGCGAUACAAUGGCUGAAAUGACAAUGGGCUAUAGAUAUCUAUUAGGCAUUGGUACAGAAGAGUCUUGUGAAGACGCUUUAUAUCAUUAUAAAAACGCUGCUAAUAAAGUAAUCAGUUACUAUCUCUCUGGGCCUCCUGGAGGACAUUCGCUUCCUCUAGCUAAAGUUCGAUUAUCUGAGGAAAAUGGAGGUGUAUAUGGUUAUGGUGCAAGUGCAGCAACAGAGAAAAGAUUUAAACAUACAAGUGGUUCAGAGAAAACUGUCAGUAUUGAUGAAAUUUUACAAUAUUGGCGCUACUUGGCUUCAAAACAAGAUAUUGAAGCACAGCUUAUGUUGGGCCAAGUUUAUUACCUUGGUACUCGUAAUGUACCUCGUAAUUUUAAUGAAGCGUAUGCAUUCUUCCACCAAAUUGUAGAUAAAGUGACAUCGAGUGGUAAAGUGCAUGCAAAGCACAGUAAGGUCAUUGGACAGGCCGCUGGUUAUUUAGGAUUAAUGCAUUGGCGUGGUGAAGGUGUGAAAGUGAAUGAGAGAUUGGCACAUAAAUGGUUUAAACUUGGCGCAGAUUUGGGGGAUCCUACAUCGCAAAAUAAUCUAGGUAUGAUGUAUUUGGACGGUAUUGUGGUAGACAAAAACCGAGAUAAAGCAAUAGAGUAUUUUAAAAAGGCAGUAGAUCAAGACAAUGCACAUGCUCAAGUUAAUUUGGCUAUAGAAUAUAUUCAAAAUGAAGCUACCAUGUCUCUCGCCAUUCGUUUAUUCACGAAGGCGGCUGAUGCUAAACAUUUGUUAGCCUAUUGGUAUCUUGCUCAUAUGAAUGAACAAAAUAUGACCCCUAGGUCAUCUUGUCGUGUAGCUGUUUCAUAUUAUAAAGUAAUUACAGAAAGAGGUGAUUGGUUAAAUCCAACUGUUGAGGAAGCAUAUAAAGCUUAUAAAAAUAACGAUAUGGAGAACGCACUUCUCAAAUAUAUGCUAGCAGCUGAAAGAGGAUAUGAAGUAGCACAGUCAAAUGUUGCAUAUAUUUUGGAUAAUGAUAAAAGAAUGUUAUAUCAUUUACCUUUAAUUGGAUCAUUAAAUGAUCAUGAUGAGCAACAAUCAACUGAGAUCAUUAAAGGGCUGAAUAAAGAGGAGUCUGCAUUUAUCUACUGGACACGUUCAGCUAAUCAAAAUAAUGUUGAUUCUCGAGUAAAAAUGGGUGAUUAUUAUUACAAGGGAAUUGGCACAUCAGUGGAUUUUGAGAAAGCUGUUUCUUGUUAUCGUUUCGCUGCUGAAAUGCAAGGGUCACCAUUAGCAUUUUGGAACUUGGGAUGGAUGUAUGAAAAUGGUAUUGGUGUAGCUAAAGAUUUCCAUCUUGCUAAACGAGCCUAUGACCAGGCACUUAAUAUUGAUCAAGAUGCCUAUUUACCUGUCAAACUGUCAUUAAUCAAAAUGUACAUUAAAUAUUAUUGGGAAUGGUUAACAGGACAAGAAGUCGGAACUGCAUUUGCAUCUAAUGACGACAAUAAAGAAAAUCGGGCAUCAAAGCUAGCAAGUGGUUACAACAGCCAUAAACAACAAAAGAAUAUCAAUGAUGAAAGUGAAAAGCAGUAUGACAUUGGUGAAGAAAUGGAGCGACAAUAUAAAAUGAAAAAACAAAAGGAAAAGGAGGAACAAGAAAAACUAAACCAAGAAGAUUCUUAUGAUGACAGCCCAUAUCGUUUGGAUGGCGUCUCUGAAGAAGAUGAAUUGUUCGAGAGUUUACUAAUUUUAUCUCUAUGUCUACUAGUUGGUUACCUUAUUUAUGUAAGACAGUUCCGCUUCGGUGGUGAGAAUAACAAUAAUAAUAAUCAAAGAAAUAAUGGCUUUAUGGCUGACAAUCCCCCUCAGUAACAAUAACAUUCGACAUUUUUUUUUAUGUAGUUAAUUAUACAUAUAAUAACAUUAUUAAUAAAAAUAAUAAUAUAAAAGAAUACUUUACAUUA